AUGGCUCCACCGGGCCGACGACGAAGUUCCUCAAGGGGAGUCGUCUCAUUCUAUUUUCUUUCCUCUCUCCUCGCAUUUCUCCUUCUCGCCGCUAUUCCGACCCAGGUUUCCGCUGCAGGUUCCGCCGUCAUUGGAAUCGAUCUCGGAACAGAGUACAUAAAAGCUGCCUUAGUGAAGCCCGGAGUACCACUAGAAAUUGUAUUAACCAAGGAUUCCAAGAGAAAAGAAACUGCCGCGCUAGCAUUUAAGCCACCGCGGGAGCACAACGCCCCAUUUCCAGACCGGUUCUAUGGCAGCGAUGCACUUUCACUUGCUCCUCGGUUUCCUGGGGAUGUAUUUGCCAACCUAAAAGUUCUUCUGGGCAUUCCGCUUGAAUCGGAAAUUCAAGGUUCAGGGGAUCAUCUGGAAAAUGUCGUUGAGACAUACAAAGGCUGGUAUCCUGCUAUCGAUAUAGGGGAGAUUCCUGGACGGGGUACUGUUGGGAUUAAAAGCAAAAGGUUGGCAGAAGAGCAAGGUCGGGAACUGUUCAUGGUGGAAGAGUUAUUAGCCAUGCAAUUGAAGCAGGUUAAAGGCAAUGCGGAAGCAAUGGGGGGACGGAGAUCUGAAAUCCAGGAUGCCGUCAUCACCUUCCCACCAUUCUAUACGGCGGCGGAGAAACGAAGUGUCCAACUGGCAGCACAAUUGGCUGGGCUGAAUGUGAUCGCUAUGGUCAGCGAUGGUUUGGCUGUUGGUGUCCAUUACGCUACGAGUCGGACUUUUCCCAACGUAUCAGACGGGAAGAAGCCAGAGUAUCAUGUUGUGUAUGAUAUGGGUGCUGGAUCUACGUCUGCGACUGUUCUCCGGUUCCAGAGCCGAUCUGUCAAAGAUAUUGGCCGAUUUAACAAGACAGUUCAGGAAGUACAAGUUGUAGGCAGCGGCUGGGAUAGGACUUUAGGUGGUAAUACGCUUAAUCAGCUGAUUGUUAACGACAUGAUUGAAAAGUUUGUCGCCGCUAAAAAGCUGAAGGACGGUGCAACACCAGAGCAACUCAGAGCGCACGGACGAACGAUGGCAAUGCUUUGGAAGGAAGCGGAAAGAGUUCGACAUAUCUUGAGCGCAAAUUCAGAGACUUCAAUUUCUUUUGAGGCUCUAUAUCAUGACGAUGUUAAUUUUAAAUACCAAAUUACGCGGUCCCAUUUCGAAAAUUUGGCAAAGGAUCACUCCAGUCGUGUUCCGGGACCUCUGAACGAGGCAUUGGCGUCUGCACACCUCGAUUUGAGAGAUGUAGAUUCAGUUAUUCUUCACGGAGGCGCGGUUAGGACCCCAUUUGUACAGAAGCACCUCGAGUCGGCUUGCAAGAACGCCAGCAAGUUGAGAACCAGUGUAAACGCGGAUGAAGCUGCAGUUUUUGGUGCAACAUUCACAGGCGCGGCCCUUAGCCGAUCGUUCAGAGUCAAAGAUAUCCGGGCAGGGGAUACUCCCGGCUUCACUGUUGGAAUGAAGUGGAAAUCUGGAAACAGGGAAAGACAGCAAAGGCUCUUCACACCUUCUUCAGAGAUUGGAGCGGAGAAAACGGUGACAAUGAAGAAUUUGGAAGACUUUGAAUUCAGUUUCUAUCAGCAGCUCACGCAGGACGGCAAACCAAUCGAAGCUCUGAUUACAGGCAUCCAAACCACAAAUUUGACGCAAUCAGUAGCCGCCCUUAAAGACAGAUUCGGCUGUGUACCUGCAAAUAUGACGACCAAGCUCUCCAUCCAGCUUAGACCCUUGGAUCGCAUUCCUGAACUGGUCAGUGGCGUUGUCAGCUGCAAGUACGUGAGCGAAGAGAAGAAAGGAGUGGUGGAAGAUGUGAAGGAAUUCUUUGGCUUGGGUUCCAAGAAGGCUGAUCAACAGCCACUUCAAGAUGACCCAUCCACGGAAUCCACCAUUGUGGAUUCUGAAUCCUCGUCGACUUCUUCUGUAUCCGCUACCGUAUCUUCCUCAUCCGUUAACGAGUCAGCAUCCGCAAGUUCGUCUACAGAGUCUGCUGCGAAAUCAUCCGACACCAUUCAGGUCAAAACUGAAUCGAUACCAAUCGCAUUCACUACGUCCGUACUAGGCAUCCCCCCACCAUCAGAGACCCAUCUGGCGCGGAUAAAAGCCCGCCUCGCAGCAUUUGACGCCUCAGAUCUUGCCCGUGUUAAGCGCGAAGAGAUGUUCAAUAAUCUAGAAGCAUAUAUAUACCGCGCACAGGACCUUGUCACCGAAGAGGAAUUUAUAAGAACGAUAGCCGCAGACGCCCUUGUCAAGCUAAAGGAAAAACUUUCCGAGGCAAGCGAUUGGCUGUAUGGAGAUGGUGCCGACGCUCCCACCAAGGACAUCAAGACAAAAUUAGACGGGUUGAAGCAAUACGUUGAGCCUGCCCUAAACCGAAAGAAGGAACACUCCCUCCGGAACAUCAAGGUAGAUAGCCUAAAACAAGGCCUGCAAAACGCGAAGGUCUUCGUGAAUAUUAUGAAAGACCAAAUCGAAGCUGAGGAGAGUAUUCGCUCUAUCUCGGAAUCUCCUUCGCAAUCAUCCGCUCCAGCAAGUGAAGGGUCAACAUCAACGUCUUCUACCUCUGUCCCCUCUUCAAUAUCAGAUGAUUUUGCUUCUCUCGAGGAUGAGUUCCCCUCGGAAACAACAACAACGCCUUCCUCCACCCCAUCUUCCAAACCCAACCCACAAUCUAUCUACUCAGCCGCGGACGUCUCCGCUCUCUCGAGCACGCACGACACCAUAAAUUCCUGGCUUGAAACACAGCUUUCCCUUCAGGAGAAGCUCAGUGAUUUCGAAGACCCCGUCUUGACCAUAAGAGAUCUGGAUGUUAAAAUCCGCGAGUUGGAACGGGCGCUUAAUAAGAUUAUAACGAAUAUUCCAGCCGGAGAAAAAGAAAAUGGUGGUAGGAAGACUAGGGGUAAUGGGAAUUCGAAAAAUAAGAACGGGAAGAAGGAGAAACAAAAGGCAAAAGGGGAACCAAAUGAAAAGGAGGAUCUGAAGAAAGUGCGAGAUGAAUUGUAA